UCUGUGACAGUGGUCGGGGAGUGUAGCGCUCGUCUCGCCAGUGAACCAUCACCACCUCUAAACCACGUGUACUCUCAAGUCUUACUAAUAGCUUAUGCUUUAAGUCAAUAUUAGUGAAGCAUAGAACGACCAAACUCAGUGUCCGUAGUUGUGAAAUAUAACCCAGGUGCUGUAAAAGACCAUAAACUGAUUUUUUUUUUUUGACUCACGUGGGUAGUUUGUCUAGUGAAACGAUUAUCUUGUUUGUAAGGUUAGAUACAUUACAUUAAUAUACAGUGAAGUAUACCGUGGAUUAUACCAGCCCCACCCAGCGAGUAUAUUUCUGCUGCUCCAUGAUAUGUGAGGGGAGGCGGGCAGGAUGGUGAAAUGGGUCCAGGGGGAGCGGCGCCCCCUCCCUGGUUCCCCCUGCCCCCCACAGCAGCACCUGCUGCCCCUCUUGCUGCUGAUGCUUCUGCUGCUUGCAGCUGCACCUCUCCUACCCCCCGUCUCCGCCGAGCCUGCUCCCCAACCUGGCCCAGGUGAGGGGAGCGAGGAGGCAGGGGGUGGCCUCACAGGGGUCACAGAUGACUCUCCCCCAGUCUUCCUGGAACAACCUCAGGACGCCUAUGUCAUCAAGAACAAACCCGCCUCCAUCACGUGCCGCGCCGCCCACGCCCUCAAAGUGCACUUCAAGUGUAACGGAGGAGUGCCAGCGCCUAACACUGAGACGGAGAGUGCCUUCGUGGACCCCAUGACGGGUGUGAGGGUGAUGGAGGUGCAGCUGCAGGUGGAGAAGAGUGUAGUGGAGGGUGUUGGUGACCAGGACGAGGCUGGCUACACCUGUCACUGUGUUGCCUGGAGUUCCAGAGGUCAAACCAUCAGCAGGACCGUCAAGGUCGCCACUGCAUAUCUGCGUCGAUACUUCGAGGAGCCACCAUACUCACAGUCGGUGCCACUGGAGCAACAUGUUGAGCUACGUUGCCUGCCUCCCUUGGGUCGGCCUCAGCCUACCUCCACCUGGCACAAGGAUAACCUCCCCAUCGACUUCAACCUCCACCCCAGCUACAAGAUCUCGUCUGAGGGAUCACUGCUGAUCCUGUCUGCUCGGCCCGAGGAUUCUGGUAACUACACCUGUGUAGCUGACAAUGUGGCAGCCAAGCGUGUCUCAGACCCCGCCCUUCUUAAAGUAUAUGUGGACGGGGCAUGGUCGUCGUGGUCAUCGUGGACGUCGUGCAGCAGUCGUUGCGGUCGUGGGACACAGCGUCGCAGCCGCACCUGCUCAGCACCGACGCCCCUCAACGGUGGAGCUGCAUGCCAGGGUCUUGCUGUGCAGAGGAACGAUUGCUCUCAUCUGUGCCCUGGAGGUGACUGUCAAGAUGAACCAUGCGAGGAGGGUGAGUUGUUUAGGUCUCAUUUGAUAACCCCCCUUUCACUCCCUCCCUUAUCCCUUUUCUCCACCCCCUGCCCCCUACACGUAGUAAAUUCCGCCACCACGCCUGUCUCUUUAGACCUUCUUUAGUCACCGCUUUAAAGAAAAUGGUUUACGUUUUCUGUUUUAAUCCUCGAGAAUGCCCAUAGUAACUUUCCCCUCGCCAUAUAAUGUCUGUAUAUUUAAAAAAAAAAAUAUCGCCUUAUUAUUGCUUCCUUGUAUGAUUCUCACUUUAGAGUUUUAUUUUAGUAAAUAAAAGACUUGUCACCGCCCCUUCGCCCUCACCACCUUCAUACAAGCAAAAAAAAAAAAAAA